CAGUAAGCGAAGAGGAGACGCCAGAGAGUUCUGGGGGGAAAUAAAACCCUGAAAAUGCAGGAAUUUCGCUCCUUGUUUUGAGAAUAAAUUGAAGGGGAACAUCAGUAGGGAGCUGGAGAUUUUGCGAGAACAGGAAGAAACGACAAAUCCUCCUCAUCCCCAGUGCCAAUCGGCUUCUUGCAGCUGACUGGGAAGUAAUCGUUAGAAAAUAACAGGACCUGGGCAUGCAGGAGUGAAGGCUACUCUCCACAUUGCGGGCACCCCAAAAAACUGGUUGUGGCCCCACAACAGUUGGAACGGGGCCAGGGAAUAUGAGCCCACUGUGGCCCUUUGUGUGGACGGUGUGGGGACUUAGGGUCACGACGGUCUGGGGGUCAUCAGUCAGUCCCAUCCUCCUCAAGAUGACUCCUGUCCCAUCUGUGGAAGAUGCACAUAAUAUCACCGAUGCGGUGACCAGUAACUACACAGGGCAGAGCUGCGUGUCCCUGCUGCCUCCACGCCGCGGCUCCUUCUACGUGGAGACCGGCACCGGCGUGUCGCUGGGCUCUGUGCUGGUGUUCUGGUGCCGGGAGGGCUACCAGCUGGUUGGCAGCGAGAAGAUCACCUGCAUCAUCAGAGCUAGCAGUCCCCAGUGGAGCAACUACCUCCCCGUCUGUGAGGCCAUCCCCAGGCCUGAGGACCGGGGCCUGCGUGUGGCCGUGCUGGUGUCUGUGGUCAGUGGCAUCGUGAUCCUGGCCAUGUCUGUGUCCUUCAUCGUCUGCUGCCUGCAGGAGCGACUCAGUAAGGAGAGAGAGUACCGCCAGGAGAGCAGGGCCAGGAAGAGGGAGAAGCAACGGUCCGCGUCUCGGAGGGGGGUGUGCUGGCUGGAGCAGGAGAACGGAGACUGGGAAGCUUUCCCCCCACCCAGAAUCUUCCACCUGUCCCACCGCCUGCCCCCUGAGAGCCCACUCUACCCGGGCGGCUACAGAGGCUACGAUAACCGCGGAUAUUACAGGAGCCAGGAGAGUCUGCUGAAGGCUUCUGUCCCGGGGCUGUACUGCUCCGACAACCAGGUGUACCCUCAGAUGGUGCUGCAGAGAGUUCCCACCCCCACCGCUCCCCUGUACCUGCACCUCCCCGCCCAGCCCGCGGAGGCCCCUCCCCCGCCGCAGGUCAUGUCCGCCUACUCCAACCCCGCCUACCACAGCAGCCCCCACGACACCCCGCAUAGGCCGUGGCCAUAG